UGUAUCUACGGAGGAGCGCCCAAAGGACCACAGAUCCGGGACCUUGAAAGAGGUGUGGAGAUCUGCAUCGCCACUCCUGGCAGGCUUAUCGACUUCCUGGAGUCAGGAAAGACAAACCUCCGUCGCUGCACCUACCUCGUGCUGGAUGAGGCCGACAGAAUGCUGGACAUGGGAUUUGAGCCACAGAUCCGAAAGAUCGUCGACCAAAUCAGACCUGACCGCCAGACUCUGAUGUGGAGCGCCACCUGGCCCAAAGAGGUCCGCCAGCUGGCUGAGGACUUCCUGAAGGAAUACGUCCAGAUCAAUAUUGGAGCACUGCAGCUCAGUGCCAACCACAACAUCCUGCAGAUUGUGGAUGUGUGCAACGAUGGAGAGAAGGAGAACAAACUGAUCCGUCUGCUGGAAGAAAUCAUGAGCGAGAAGGAGAACAAGACCAUCAUCUUUGUGGAGACAAAGAGACGAUGUGAUGAUCUCACCAGGAGGAUGAGGAGGGAUGGGUGGCCUGCUAUGGGAAUCCAUGGAGACAAAAGUCAGCAAGAGAGAGACUGGGUUCUCAAUGAAUUCAAAUAUGGAAAGGCUCCUAUUCUCAUUGCAACAGAUGUUGCCUCCAGAGGUCUAGAUGUUGAAGACGUGAAAUUUGUCAUCAACUUUGACUACCCCAACAACUCAGAGGACUAUAUCCACCGUAUCGGCAGAACAGCCCGUAGCCAAAAGACAGGCACGGCUUACACCUUCUUCACCCCCAACAACAUGAGGCAGGCCAGCGACCUCAUCUCUGUGCUCCGCGAGGCCAACCAGGCGAUCAACCCCAAGCUCCUCCAAAUGGCGGAAGACAGAGGAGGUCGUUCAAGGGGCGGCAGAGGUGGUGACUACAGGGACAACCAUCGGGAUAGGUAUUCAGGCGGCAGACGCGAUUACGGCAAUUUUAGGGACAGAGAUAACAGCAGGGGGUAUGACAACGGACCAAAUAAAUCUUUUGGCGCAAAUUCCCAAAACGGAGGCUAUGGGGGCAGCAACGGUAACAGUAACGGCUUCGGCGGAGGCGGCUACAACGGUAACGGACAGUCCAACUUCAACAGCCAGGCGGGAGCGUUCGGGGCCCAGAACAACUUCCAGGCCCCGCAGUUCGCUCCUCCCGGUAAACCCGCCGCACAGGCGGGCGUGGCUCACCCUCCAUUCCCCUUUCCUCAGGCGCAGGCUCCUCAGCAGCACCCUCCUCCGCUGGUGCCGUACCCCAUGCCUCCUCAGUUCUCUCAGUAAACCCACCGUACACUUGAAAGAAGUAAUUUAUUGCUUUUUGUCUCGUUUUAAGUUCUUCACUUAAUCCUGAUUUUUUUGUAUUUACACGACAGGGUUACAAACAACUUGAACCUCGUAUCAAGCCUUUUUAAGAUCUGCAGUGCAGCAUUAGUGAUGUGGCGCACUUGUUUUCCCCUUUACUAUUUAAUUUGUUACAUUCCUCAUUAAUGAUUUAGUUAUGUUUUGUACUAGGUAAUUACAAAUGUAUCAGUUUUUCAUGUGUAUCCUUGAAAGUGAUGUUAAGCUCCUAUCUUGGAAGUGCACUGCAUGAUCUUUCAAAUAAAACUCCAGAAAAUA